AGAGGGAGCAAACCCAAGCCGAAAGAAAAAAUGCCAAUAAUUUCCAUUACUUCAGCUACCAAAAUCACCUUUCUUCCCAACUCCAUCCCCUCUGUACCUUCAUUUAAAACAAAAUCUAAUGGUGGGUUAGUGGUAGAAUGUUCAUCGAGGCCACAGAAGAAGGCAACGAAGCAUCACAUGAAGACAAGGCCACGCAAGACGCAGCCAUGGGACAUAAGGAGGAAACCCACCGUUUACGCUCCUUUGCCUCCACUCCCUCCUGAUUGGACCCUGGUUUCGAGCGGUGAUUCUGAUGAUGGUGACGAUGUUGUCGCUGGUGUUAAUGAGGAAGGUUCAAUGAAGAAUGCUGUUGUCUGUUGUUCUCUUGCGUUGCCACAAUUUAUGGUGGUGCCAACUUUUUCAUGA